UCGUCCCCGUAACCCAUUCAACCGUGACUAGCGCGGCGGCAAGCAGUUGGUAACAAGUUCGGUGUGGAUCAGGUCGGGGGUGUCUGAAACCACCUCCAGCCCGUUGCUGGAAACGUGAGCACCAAGGAUCGUGCUACGUAUCGGGAUCAGCCGUCGAUUCCUGGCAUUCGCCGUAGUGCCUCUACGUGAUGGUGUUCUGUUGGCCUGAUAUCCUAGCCUCUUGUCAGAUUCGCGGUGUACUCAACCUAACCCUGGAACGUGUUCCCGCUGCCAACUCGUCGCCUUCGUUGUCCCUGUACAACAACAACCUCACCACGCUGCCGGAGGGGAUCUUCGGGGAUCUUACGGCCCUGACGAGGCUGUAAGUAGCUGGGAUACUUUUCCGCAUGCGCUCAGCCCGCGCUAGACAAAAGAAGUCAAACAUUUUGCCGGUUGGCAGAUCUGCAGUCGGUGCAUGCGGUAACUGCUUUCUUUGGAAGAGAGAAUGCGGGGGUCGAACUAGUAGUCGGGAGAUGCUGGAGGGUACCGUUGCGCUAGGGGCGCAACCGCUGUCGAAUCUGCGAGAGUUUGCCUCUUUCAAUCAGCUCGCUUGCUUCAACCUGGCGUCAACGUUGACGGUAAGCAGCGCAUCCGGAAAAAGGGUAGCUGAUGCAGUUCGGAAGCCCUUCGGUUCUGAGAUGAUUGAUCGUUGGCUCCGGUUUGAGAAUGGACCUAUUACGAAUUCUCUCAACUUCUCACUUGUCUCGUACAGAAACUGACGGUCUACAGUAAUCCCUUAUCUCAUGUGUAUUUGGUAUAAUGGCUUCAACCUGCCGGUUCUCUGGUAGAUCCUUUCCUGCAAACGAGAACACCUGCAAAGCGAGGAGUUGUGGUUGUAUUUCGCGCUUGUCGGGAAUUGUAGGCAUGCGUUGGCCCGAGGUAGCGGGCAAUCAUAACAGUUUCCCGACAUGGCACACUUUUUUGGGUGCCCCUCUUACAGUUCAUCUCCUAUAUCUCAAGCCCCUCCGGUUUUACCGAAAGUUCUCCCUUUCCCUCGUGAGAUUAUCAUGGAUCUGUGGAUUUCCUCCCAGGCAAAAGUAUCGCGAUGGCUCCUCUCCAACUGUUCGUAUCGUUAUUGGCCAUCAUGCUAACCUUGUUGCUCCUUCCUGCCGCUCUCGUCCGGUCAUGCGCCGGCAAAUCUCGUUCGGGACCUGAAUUUUAGGAAGCUGGAGGGGAAUUCUCUGGAGUGCUUGCCCUCAACAACACUGUGAGGAACGCUUGAAAAGCAUGGGUCUAUCGCUUUGUAAUACAUAUGAAGAGAAGAGUAUGGACCCUAUCGCGUGUUGGCGGAUCCGGCCAGCAUCUCGUAGACACCGAGCACACCUGUUGUUCGCUGCUGCCCGCGAUAUGAGACGAAUGCGUGUUACUACAGUAACCAAUUGGUGUUGAUGCACGUACCCUAACCCUUAAAGUGUUGCAUGUACUUGUCAGAAUGAUCAACAGAAACGUGAUUCGUCGAACACUCUCGAAACCUUCUUAGAGGUCUGGUGAAGGGUUCGGAUCCCGGCGUAAGCAAGCUUUUCUUGCAAAGUGAGUUUUUCUUUUGCUUCCGCUCCUGGCCUAGUGGAUAGCGCAACUGUAGUUCGUGUGUACACAAGAGGGACGAGUGCUGAACUCUCCUCGCAUGAAAAUCGAAGGCAACGUUCCGCAGGAGGGGAGGGUAGGGAGGGGCCCUUCUGUUUGACCACGGGUUGGAGUAGACGGCACUUGUGCUGUGAGCGCUGAUUUCAAGUGAAAAAAUGAAACAAACCGCGUUGAACCGUCAAAAAGGAGAGUUUUUCCGGGCAUCCUCCUUCCUCCUGCUUUACCCAUGGAGCAUGUUCAUUGAUACAUCGCAUCGUAGAUCGACCUCGCCUUGUUUGCUUCGACUGUCGGUAUAGCGAGACCUGUGUGACCUCUUUUGCGCCCUUCGCAGGGUGGAAGUUGAUGAUGAUGCCUCGUUCUCUGAAGACGGGCUCCACGUUGAUGCAUACGGUGACGAAUGUGGUGAGUGUCUCGCUGACAACGGUGUAGCGAUGGGCUUGGGGCCGAUAGGUGCUCACCGGUAGCAUGUUGCUUUUGCUGCGUCACAGUCUGCCCCACGAAGGUACCGGGUCGACCAGUAGCAGUUUGCGUGGGAUUUGGUUUCCGCUCCGUUUCCCGAUCGAGGCACGACGAUAUGAUCGAAAGGAGAUGCAGCGUUGAUUGAGCUUAAACCUGGCUGUUCCAUACUGUUGGACGGCUCUUACUCGGUGCAAACCUCUGCGCGAGACUGAUCUCGAAGGUAACCAUCGGGCGAGGGAUGGAUGUAGGCAUACUCAAUUUUGAGAAAGAUGUGUUGCCAUCGUCCUCCCUAAGCGGCACUAGGGCUUGUACCUUCAUGUGCAAUAUUCGCGAUGCGCCCCCAAACACCGAUGUUCUUUGAACGUUUUCCAGGGUGCUCUAUUGAGGGCGUAAUCGACAACGUGUGCGGCCAAGAAAUGUGCACUCCCGGAGAUGAAGGGUACACGUGUGGUGAGAGAACACAGGCCCGAAAGGCAACUCUGUAGUAAAUUAUCGUUCAAGUUCAUCCUCUUCAUCGAGGGGCUUGGGCAGCAACGAACUAAUACUGUCCAACAUUGAUAGUCUAGGUUCAUCACAAGAAGUGCUUCCCGAUGUCUAGGAACUAGAUUCGACCUUGAUUUAGCAUGCCUAGGUUGCGCCAAGACGCCGUCUGCUACGAAAGAAACAAGAAGUUAUUUCAACGGAGUGAUUAUUCUUCCCAACUGGUUGAGUGCACGAAACCGUACCACCAAGAAAUGGUGGUCCGUCAUUCUUCCCUUGUUGGCUUGACUUUCCACUCCUCCGGCUGGGGGUAUGUAGGGUAAAGCAUGAGUAACUGGCGAAGCUAUCGAUUGUUUAAACGUCCAAACCCAAAUUCGUCUUCGAAUACCCACCAUCCUGGCACUCGCUGCAGCGGCCAUAAUUCCGGCUACGCCC